CUUUAUUUUUAUCAAGUUGAAGUAAUUUUUCGGCAAUACAAAAAUUAGAUAAGUUGGUGUUGGAUCUGUGCAAACUUCCCGAUGGACAACAAAGGAAAAAAAAGAGGGGGCGAUAAUACAACAAAGAAAAAAAAGGGGUGAUAAUAUGAGGAUAGAGGCGGAAAGAAAAUCUAUUCAUAUAUUUUUUGGUGUUGAUUAGUUUGAAUAUUGAUAUGAAUUGUUUUAUAUUUAUGUUUUGAGACCUUUGGGGCUUACAAAUGUGAAGGCAACUUUAGUUAUCUCCCCUCCAUAUUCAGAUCAAUGGGUUUAGGGAAUGAGGUGCAGAAGAUUUUAAGCUGGACAUCUGUGUGUGGUAACCUUGGACUUCAUUUGAUCUGGCUCAUCUUACACUUGAUCAUCAACAUUUGGUACUCUGUAUUGGGCAUAGCACGUAUGAUGGAGAAUGCCCUUAUUUCUAGUGGGCUGCGAAAGAGUUACAAUGCCGUUAACAUUAGUAAGGUGCGCUACCUGGCUGUUGUGAUUGAGAGUGAAGAAGCUCGCCAAACUUCAAAAGUUCUAGAAUUAUUGUGUUGGCUUGCAUCUAUUGGUAUAAAAAGUAUCUGCCUCUAUGAUAGAGAAGGAGUGCUGAAAAAGUCACAGGAAGCUAUUAUAGAAGGACUAAACAAGUCCCAGAAAGCCAUUGUAGAAGGAUCGGGUCAUGGAACCUUGCUUGAGCAUGUUUCCUUUGCCGAUACCCUUCUGUGCCACAAGCAUGUGGAUCUGGAGUUUGUCUCUUUUGCUGAUUCAAAACCUGCUGUGGCCAAAGCAGCUAAUUUACUUUUUGCCAAACAUUAUGCCACCGUAAAACCAGAAAAGCCGAAUUUUACAGAGUCUGACAUGUCUGAGGCCCUACAAGCAGUAGGUUAUGGGGGACCGGAACCUGAUCUUUUAUUAGUUUACGGUCCUGUGAGAUGUCACACGGGUUUUCCGGCAUGGAGAAUCCGGUACACUGAGAUUGUACAUAUGGGGCCCUUGAAGUCCAUGAAAUUUGGUUCCCUUAUAAAAGCCAUCCACAAAUUCACAAAGGUGCAUCAAAACUAUGGCCAAUGAAACACUUGCAGGUGGAUUGAUUUUUUCUCGUACAACGGCGUUGGUACACUUCUCACAAUUUACAACAUGCAGUCAGCUUCAUCUUAUAUAUUUAUACUACAAGAUUUCAUCCAAAAAUGGGGGGCGUCAAACCUUUAACAAAUACCCCUGUUUUAACUAUUGUUGUGACAUUGUGUUUUAUAACUAGUUAGAGAUGCCUCUUCAGGAGAUUCUUUUCUUGCGAAAAUUACAGGAACUUAUGGGGGUAUUAGUGAAUUGGAGCAAAGCUGUGAAUUGUGAUAAUGACAGUAAAACUAUAUAGGGUGAGAAAGAUUGCUCUGUA